AAAAUAAAAAUAAACUAGAAAAAUUAAUAUUAAAAAAUAAAAAAUAAAAUCUACAUCAAUUUGAACUGGAAUAACUGUAAACAAUUGACAUUGGUGCUUGCAACAGCAAAACCAAGCAAUAAUUAACGCAACACUAACAACAACAAGUACAGCGAGGCAACUGGUCAGUUAGUCAGUCAAUCGAGUGCGCUUUAAGCGACUAACGCUGCACACUAGUACAACAAUAACAACAACGAUAGCAACGCACAAACCGGUUUGUCGUGCAAGGUCAACCGACUAACGCCGCCAAAUAAAGCGACUAGGAAAGCGAACGCAACAAAUCAUACAAACAUUUGUACCGUUAAACAGACUCGAGCAGUAGGCGAAUAGACACGCGCUUCCGAAAAAGUAAACCGAAAAAAAAUUCCAUAAAAAAAACACUUCAAAUCAAAUCCUUUGUGACAAGCGCCAAAAUGGACACGACACUCACCACCUGGUUCAGCUGCAAUGAGGAAACACAAUGUUACGACACAAACAACAACAACAACAGUAGCAACCAAACACACAAUGCGAGUAACAAUAUGUACAACAGUCACAGCAAUAACAAUGACAAUAGCAAUAGCACUAAUUAUGCCAACACAACUGACGUACAAGUCACAUUUAAUCAGCGCAGGCCGAACGAACUACGCCAGACGCGUUUGCAACGUCAGCACGAGCAGCUGCAUUACUCGUCGUCGUCGUCGCCGAUACCAACACAAUUAGUGCAAUCACCUGACACGCUAAGUGCAACGCAAACUCCAGUGGCACAGCACGCGAACGCUGAGAAGUCCCGUUCCCCGAGCUUAGCACAACGUUGGACGCGUCGCAAGCGUUUGCAACGACAGAAACCCACCGAACUGGACGAUGCCGAUUUUGCCUAUGCCGCCGAUCUGGAAGAGGAGGAUGAAGAGGAGGAGGCGCUGCUCAAACAGCAACAACAGGCGUCCACCAUGUUCAAUGUAACGCCGCUGAUGAAGACAAUGUGCAUGACGGAGCUACCGGCUCCUACGUUUGCGGAGAAGCGCUUGAGCCACUUCCAGCAGCAACAUCACAGCACACCAUUCGAUGGACAGCCAUCAUCCUUGCCGAACUGCUUUGCAACCGCCGGUUCGAUCAGCACCUUCCAUCAACAACAACACCAUCAACAACAUCACCAUCAGCACCAGCACCAACAGCAACAGAAUCAUCAUCAUCAUCACCAAAUGCAUCAGCAUCAUAUACGCGAGCGUCGCCUUAAGCAUGAGGAGUCCUUCGACUCGUCGACCACCACAACAACCAACACCACCGAUACGCCAGCCAGUCCGGCGAGUCCGUUGUUGCGUCGCCAUCAUUUUGCCAUGUUGAAACGUGAUAAUUCCACACACUCGGAGUCGUCGAGUCGUUACUCGAGUGUGGAUAGUUUAUUGGAGGCGCGCAAGCCCGAUCCCGAAGCUAUAUUAAUCAAUUUGGGUUUCGGUCCGGUCGGUUCGGAGGACAUACUCUCACGCAUACCGAAACGUUUUCUCAAGCCAUCACAGGUGCGCGGCAUCGAUACAGAGGCUUUCGUGCGUCGCCUACAAUUGGCCAGCAAUCUUGCCGAUCACAGCGUGCUGGGAUAUCGUGGUCUCACCGGCAAUCCGGAUAUACCGCCAUCGCGUAUUGUCGCCAAAAUCAUGCAACGUUUCGAGGUGAAUGAGCGCAAAAAGUCAAUGGGCUCCAUUGAGCAUACCAUCUGACGGCGUACGGCGUCGGGUCUGCCGGAAUUCAUUCGUUCUCACCAGUGCCAAAUAAGUACUUUUAUGUGUUAACCGAACGGAAUAUGUUGUUACUAAAUUAAUAAUAUUAUAUUUAAAUACAAUUUUAUAUCACUUAAAUAGUUUUAGUCGGUCCAAAUCUAGUUAUUGGUAGUUUUAGUUAUUAAUUAAAGCGAAAAAGAAUAUUGUAAUUUGCCAUUGUACUUAACAUCGGUUGAACUUAAUUAAGCGAAUAUAUUGACAUAAAAUUGUUACUUAAUUUAUUCUUUUUAAAAUAAAUUUUAAUUUUUUUAAAUUUUGAAAAAAUA